CACUCCAAUAUCUGAAAAUAAUAUCUAUAAGAAACAUUUCAAAGGAUUUUGCACUUUUCAUUCAUAUACCUCCAUACCCAUUGCCUGUUGCACAUGUCAUACAGUUGCACAGUACCGACAGUGCACACUUGUUUACAGUAAAAAACUAGUGUAGGUUGCCAAGACUAACGAAGCCAAACAUAUCACCAAACCGCUCUCCCAAGGGUCCUUUGUUGUGACACAGCCGGUGACAUGGCGACGUGGCUACAGUCAAAAUGGCGCUACCUGUUCAUGUUUCUGGGUGUCCAGCUGGUUGUCAUGGCGCUGCUGUCCCGUGAGGGCUACCACAAGCGAGUGUCAUACUUCAUCAGGAUUUUCCGCAAGCUGGAGACCACUGCGACGGGGACGUUCGGUGCCGGCUCUCUCCACGCAAGCAAUCACACGGGCGGUGAUGUCUACGCCAACUUGUCCCUCCUGGCCAAGGCCCACCACGGCCGGGGCGAGGAAAUGCCCUACUGCCCCAAGACGUCUCCCCUGAUAGGUGGACCAAUCCACGUCAUCUUCCCCUCCGGGUUGACACUGGCCCAAGUGGUGCGGAAGAAUCCUUUGGUGGUCCGCGGGGGGCGCUACAGGCCGCCUGACUGUGAGGCGCGGCACCGCACCGCCAUAAUAAUUCCCCACAGAAACAGGGAGCACCACCUGAAGUUCCUCCUCUACUACCUUCACCCAUUCCUACAGCGACAGCAGCUCAACUACGGCAUCUAUGUCAUCCACCAGGCUGGUAACUACACAUUUAACCGGGCCAAGCUGAUGAACGUUGGGUUCCGAGAGGCCAUGCGGGAGGAGGACUGGGACUGCCUGUUCUUCCAUGAUGUGGACCUCAUCCCUGAGGACGACCGCAACACCUACAUGUGCGAUGCCAACCCCAAGCACACCGCCAUUGCCAUGGACAAGUUUGGAUACAAGCUGCCAUACAAGAUGUAUUUCGGAGGGGUGUCAGCGUUGUCUCCACUGCACUACCUGAAGAUGAACGGCUUCCCCAACAACUACUGGGGCUGGGGAGGAGAGGACGAUGACAUUGGAGUCAGAGUAUCCCUAGGAGGGAUGUUCAUCUCUCGUCCAUCGGUGAAGGUGGGCAGAUACAAGAUGAUCAAACACAAGCUGGACAAGGGAAACGACGUGAACCCCAGGAGGUUCAACAUGCUGGCCAAGACGCGUCAGACGUGGAAGCUGGACGGCAUGAACACGGUGGAGUAUGAGGUGCUGUCACGUGACUACUUCCCCCUCUACACCAACAUCACUGUGCACAUCGGCACAGAGGCAGGCCUGCAUGCCACGGCUCCGUCCCCCAAGAGCCUUGCCAAAGCCCCAGCAAAGCCGCCAGUCGAAGCUCCCGCCAAACCUCCAACCAAGCUCCAACAGAAACACUGACUUGGACCAACUUUACCCACUCCACUCCCAUCCUCCACCCUCCUGCCGCCGACUAUCCCCUCCUAACUUAUGCCUGGGAGCAGGGAUGUGACAGAGGGGCCCUUGGCCCUUAAAGCGCUCCUUUCUUUGCCUUCACCCUUCAACUGAACCUCAUAUCAAUGCCUACAGGUGGCAGUUAGCCUAGUAGUUAGAGCGUUGGGCCAGUAACCGAAAGGUUGCUAGAUCGAAUCCCCGAGCUGACAAGGUAAAAAUAUGUUGUUCUGCCCCUGAUCAAGACAGUUAACCCACUGUUCCUAGGCCAUCAUUGUAAAUAAGAAUUAGUUCUUAACUGACUUCCAGUCGGGAGAGGUGGGUGGCUCUCCCUAUUGGACUAGAGGCCAUGCCUUUUCCUUCUGUUCCUUCCUCUGAUCUGAUCAGCAUUCUCAACUGAAACUUUAUCAAUAGUAUAGCAGAGACUUUGAACUUGAAGACCAAUGCUCUCCACUGCCUAGAUAGAAUCUGUGGGCCGAGGCUUUGUCUGUCUGAAUGAAUUACUGUAGCAUUCUCCACCCUAGUUCUGAUUUUCCAGCUAUAUCUCACCACUCCACUGACUUUGACUCUAUGAAAGGGACUUAUGGUAGAGGAGAGGAAAAAAGACGGACUCUAUGAGUUUAUAACGCUGCCGAAAACCCCCGUUGCCUUAGAAAACCUGUCUUGUUCUAUUUUUCCUUUUUAGUAGAACUUCAGGUCGAGAGUUAUGAAUGAAACCGGUUUGUAGUGAUAGAUAGCGAGAUUAGGGGAUAGAAUAAAUAAAUGAAAAAAACAUUUUAUGCUACUGAUAUUGCAAUAGCAUAUGGGUCUUUCUGCCAAUUAGGUGCCUUUUUUGAGUAGUGUGAAACUUGAUUUCACCCAAUUUUAACAAUCUGCCAUAAAGAGCACAUGUUCAAAACACGUUUUCCCAUCUUGAGGUUAAAUUAAAUAAAUGAUCAUAGUAAGUGCCAAAUAAAGUAACAGGGUUGACCGUAACAGGGUUAAAUCAGCCAUAAAUCCCCUUGUGACAGAGGAAAUGGAAGCUUGUGGUGUGUGCAACAGAGAGGGGCAAUUUAAUGCAAAUUAAAUUGUUCAAACAUUUCUAGCCUGUCUAUAUAUGGGUAACAGGGUAGACGUGUUAUGUUCAACCGGCUCUGUUUUCCACAAAAAAACACCAGAAAUUUUCCAAAAAGAGUAGAACCAGCUCACCUGCUUGUACGCUAUGAUUUGACUAGAGAAAUAUUUACAAAGGAAUUUCAUCAUAGUAAAACGAGAGUUCAGUUUUUUUUUACUUUAAAAUGAAUCACUAAUCACAUGAAAUAAUGACCUCUUCAGAAAUUACUUUGUCAAAGCAACAAAAUAACUAGGGCUUUCAAAUGAAGUGGGUUAAAAUCUUCCUAGAAGUCACAGGAUGCUUAGAGGGAAAUGUCAAAAUGCUGAAUUUUGGCAGUUUAAAUGGUCUUUAUUCAUAUUAAAUCAGAUUUAUAAAAGGUUCCAUGUUCCACUUAAUAUAACAGGCGUUUAAUAUUUGUAACUGGCACUAAUUUCGGAACGACCCAUAUGUAACUGAUUUUACAGUUUAAUAUUAUACGAAGUGAAGCUGCUCUCCUGAAUAUUGACAGGGGUAUGUGCUGUUUGCAGUUAGCAUGGUAGUCACCCCCUGAGUAGGAGUGCAGAUCUAGGAUCAGGUUCUCUGUGUUCAUAUUAAAUUCAUUAUGACCUUAAAGGCAACCAUGAUCGUAGAUCAGAACACCUAGUCUGAGGCACAAUACAGGCCCUGAAUAUCAGGCUGAUUUAUUGAAGGAUUUUCUCACAGUAGGUUCACAGUUCGGGCACAGCUUUUUGGUAUGGUUGGGUUUCAUCUUAUCGCUACAAUCAGAAUGUGUAUUUUCUCCAGUUAUCUCCUUCAAUCCCUAGAUUGCGUUGAUGUGGGGUUGCAUUUUGCCUUGUGUCAAAUAGAAUAGUUGCGGGUGAAAUGGUCAAAUCACUGCCUUCAGGUGGGCUGGCUAUAUUCACAUCAGAUGGUUUGUCUUUUCAAUUUGUGUUUUAUGUAUUAUUGUUCAUUACCUUAUGGAGCUUUUAUGUUGGUUUCCUAUGAUUGUCAAUGUAGCUUAAAACUGAGGGAUUCAAGUCCUAGUGGACUCUCCAUAGUCAGAGACUUGGGAUCUAUCUCCAUACUCUAAAUUGGCUGAAAGGUUUGAAAACCAGGAACUUUGUCCAUGGAUGACCAGAAACCACUAUAACUAAUUAGGUCUAUAAACGGAAUCAGGCACUGGUAAGUGACAUGAGAACUGAUGCCUGUAGACUGUGUAGUACACUCAUUGGUUGUACUGAUUCUGCUGAACCACUGAUUUAAAGAUUGAUAUAGGUACACUGGGUUAGCAUUUACAGCAUUACCCCACUAGCCAUUCUUUCAUUUUGUGCUGUCUAAAAUCUGUCACCCCUAGAAUUCCCCAGUGCAAUGUCCUCCUCACUGCAUGGCUUGUCCUCUGACUUUCCUCUUUGCACACCGUCUCGACCCCCUGACCAAUAUGAUUGUUUAAUCUAGAUCCCUACUGGGAAUUGAACCUCUGUGUGUGUAUCACAUAGAGGACUCAUGCCACUUGGCUGAAACCAAAGAUGGCUUAGAGAGAAAGCAUUGGACGCCUGAUAGUUGUGCUGGCGGAUGCAUGCUGACAUGGGAAUAGAUGGGAUUCCACUUACUCCGGGUAUGCUGAGUUUUGUGUGUGUGUGUGCUACUAUCUGAUCUAGGAAUCUCUUGGAUGACCUUCUUCACUAUGUAGGCUGUCUUUACCUUUUCUACUCCAUAUGAAGCCUGAUUAUGCAUGACACACAGACCCUGUAUUAGAUGAGUGGGAUGUACAGAGAACCACACACAGACCACUGACAUGACUUCACAUUUGAGUCUCCUGAAGCAUGCUACAGUGUAUGCUUGUGUAGUGAUUCGUAAGACGUAUGCUACAUGCACCAUGUACCUUUUUAACACUUCAUGCAGUGGUUUAUUAUGUCAUAUCAUGUCUAUUUGUACUCUUCAGUUUGCUUCAGUUGAUGUAUAACUUGACUUUUACUCCAUUAUGAUGUGGGAAUGCUGUCCAGGGUGACUGCGCCAGGAGAUGGAGCUCACCGCAGGGCAUUGGAAAUGUAACAAGGACAAUGUGAUACUGUAUUUCUGAUUUAAUUCCUCCUCUCUGAAUGAAGUCUGCACAGUCCAGAGUGGCCUUAUACAACGAUUAAUAAACAAAAAGAUUAGUCAAACACUGGUGAAGUGGAUAAA